GCCUUGUUUUUUAUUUUUUAUUUCUGAGCUGAUCAAUAACCGUCAGUGACGUCAUUCCACUUCCUUUUAGUGCGGGAAGUCGGUGAGGAAAAGAAAAAGCUGCUGAUCAGCCAAACUGCUGUGUGUCGCUCUGCGGGUUGAUUGUCCUCCUCCAUCCUUCCAUCCUCCUCCUCCUCCUCUUCAUCUUCUCUCCUCCUCGUCCUCCUCUGCUCCUCCGCAGCAGCGAUGUUCCCGCCGGGCCUGGCCGGCCUCGGCUCUCUGUCUGCGGGCUGUCAGUAGCUGAGCGGGUCGGUGCAGGUUCUCCGUCAUGGUGCAGAAAUCCCGGAACGGCGGGGUGUUCCCCGGAGCGCAGGCCGACCAGAAGAAGCUGAAGGUCGGCUUCGUGGGUCUGGAGGCCGGGGGAACCGAGUCCAGCAGGGACGGAGCUCUGCUCAUAGCGGCAGGCGGGGAGGAGGGGCCGCGGCGGCAGCGCAGCAGCGUCUCUGGAGGAAAGAAACCUCCGAAGAGAAACGCCCUCUACAGACGCCUACAGAACUUCCUGUACAACGUCCUGGAGAGACCUCGAGGAUGGGCCUUCAUCUAUCACGCCUACGUGGUAUCAGGUGAGGGACACAGGUAUCAGGUGAGGGACACAGGUAACAGGUGUGGGACACAGGAAACAGGUGAGGGAAACAGGUAUCAGGGGAUCCUGGGUUCAGGUUUUGCUCUGAAGGUUCAGGAGCAGCAUCGACAGAAACACUUUGAGAAGAGAAGAAAUCCAGCAGCUGGACUCAUACAGGUGAUCUUCCUCCUCCUCUUCUUUAUCACUCACCACAUCAUCAGCAUUCACCGCCACAUUGUCGGCAUUCGCAGCCACAUCAUCAGCAUUCACCGUCACAUCGUCAGCAUUCACCGCCACAUCGUCAGCAUUAACCGCCACAUCAUCAGCAUUCACCGUCACAUCGUCAGCAUUUUCCGCCACGUCGUCAGCAUCCACCGUCAUAUCGGGAUCCUGGGUUCAGGUUUUGCUCUGAAGGUUCAGGAGCAGCAUCGACAGAAACACUUUGAGAAGAGAAGAAAUCCAGCAGCUGGACUCAUACAGGCGGCAUGGAGGGUUUAUGCCACAAAUCUGAGCCGAACUGAUCUGACUUCAACCUGGGAUUAUUAUGAAAGGACAGUGUCUGUCCCCAUGUACAGGUUGAUUCCUCCUCUGAACCAGCUGGAUUUACUGAGGAACCUCAAGAACAAGUCAGGACUCUCAUUCAGGAAGGACGUCCAGCCUGAGCCGUCUCCCAGUCAGAAGGUCAGUCUGAAGGAGAGGGUCUUCUCGUCUCCCCGCAGUUCAGGAACUAAAGGAAAAGGUUCUCCUCAGCACGUGGUUCCCACAGUUGGCCCUGGUGUUGCUCCUGGUGUUGGUCCUGGAGGUCCUGGAGGCCUGGGGAAUGUCCAGGCCCUGCGGCGGUCCCCCAGCAUGGAGCCCAGUCUGGAGGAGAGUCCCAGCAAGGUUCCAAAGAGCUGGAGCUUCGGAGAACGUAGCAGAACCAGACAGGCCUUCAGGAUCCGAGGAGCUGCCUCCCGCCAAAACUCUGAAGAGGCCAGCCUGCCGGGAGAAGACAUGGCUGAUGACAACAAGAGCUGCCACUGCGAGUUCGUCCCUCAGGACCUGACGCCAGGGUUAAAGGUCACCAUCAGAGCCAUCUGUAUAAUGCGUUUCAUGGUGUCAAAGAGAAAGUUUAAGGAGAGUCUUCGUCCCUAUGACGUCAUGGACGUGAUCGAACAGUAUUCAGCGGGACACCUGGACAUGCUCGCCCGCAUCAAGAACCUCCAGUCAAGGGUGGAUCAGAUAGUCGGCAGAGGGACACCAAUCGCAGACAAGGACCGUCCCAAAACAGCCAGCGAGGAACUUCCUGAGGACCCGAGCAUGAUGGGCCGGCUGGGGAAGGUGGAGAAGCAGGUCCUGUCCAUGGAGAGAAAGUUGGACUUCCUGGUGAACAUCUACAUCCAGCGAAUGGGAAUCCCUCAGGCCGAGACCGACGCCUACUUUGGAUCCAAGGAGCCUGACCCGGCGCCGCCCUACCACAGUCCGGUGGAUCACCUGGAAAAGAGCCAGUCCAUCUCCAAGAUGCUACAGGUGCUUCCUGCCGAUAACAAUGAGAAGAGUCAAGCGGUGACAAAGAUGGUUCGCUCCAGCAGCUCCACUGGACACAGGAACUACAACGCCCCCACCUGUCCAGCCUCUACUUCCUGGCAGCCAAUCAGUUCGCAGCUCCACCAGCAGGGCCCGCCCCCUUCCCAGCAUAGCCACGGCAACACUCCAAGUCCAGUAGGAGAUGGGUCACUGGUCCGACUCCCGCCUCCUCCGGCUGGAGAGAGACAUGGUGGGAACCGAUCCCACCGACAAAGCACCGGAGACCGAGGGAACGAAAGACCAGAGGGAGGAGGAGGAGGAGGAGGGGAGGAGCUAAAGCCGGACAGCGACGCCUCCAUCUCCAUCCCGUCUGUGGACCACGAGGAGCUGGAGCGCUCCUUCAGCGGCUUCUCCAUCUCCCAGUCCAGAGAGAACCUGGACUUUCUCAACAACAGCUUCUACUCCUCCGCCAACCUGGGAGACCACCAAGGAGGAGGAAGAGGAGGAGGAGGCGCCGCCCGCUGCGCCACCGUCCACCCAUACAUCGCAGAGGGGGAGUCGGACUCCGACUCAGAGCUCUGUGCUCCCUCGCCUCACUCAGACCGAGCCUGGACCGGAACCAAGUAGAGCCGAAAGACAGGCGGAGCAGAACCAGCAGAACACUGAGACUGAAACCACAACCUGGAUCCAAACUGUGAAGACGGAGACGCUCAACACCAGCUGGACUCACAGAGUGAAGCAUCAUGGGAACUGUGACUGGGCGUCGCCGUGAUUUUAUUCAUGUGAAUGUUUUAACUUGCGCAGCAAAUGUUUGUUCUCACUGUCACUGAUUGGUUCACAGCAGAGACACGCCCACACCUGAUUGGUUCACAGCAGAGACACGCCCACACCUGAUUGGUUCACUGCAGAGACACGCCCACACCUGAUUGGUUCACAGCAGAGACACGCCCACACCUGAUUGGUUCACUGCAGAGACACGCCCACAUAACGUCACUGUUUCAUGUAUUUAGACUGUUCUAAUAUUCAUAUAUCAAAACAAACGGACACAAAGCAUCAUGGGAAGAACAGAUUGACACAUCGCCAUGCCAACAGACUCUGCUGUUGUUUGUUUGUUGUCUCUACUUCCUGUCUGAAUUCAGACUCAUCCUGAGCUUUCAGCAGAGGCCUGAACUGACGCCGCUGUGAUGUCAUGUGGGAUCACAGUGUGUUUGUUCUGUGACCGUGAGCUGUGACAUCACAAACUGUGACGCUGAGAGUAAAGUGUGACGUUUUCAGGCGGGAUGUCAAACUGACUCUACAGACAGGAAGUGUGAGAUGUUUCAUCUACUGUCUUUAGUCUGAUUAUUUUCAGACGCUGAGCUCAGUGUUUGGAUUUCCUCCUCAUGUUGUUGUUUCCAUCCGUCUGUUUACAGUUUGUUUAUUUGGGUUAUUUAUCCAUCCGUGUUCUGUCCAAAGAAACAUGACAUCACCUAUAACUGUAAACAUUAAAACUUGUCUAACACCUCCAAAUCACACGACUGCCGCUGAUGUAAACAUCUGAUGGGACGAUCACGACGACGCUGCUUCACUUUCAGCUGAACUAGUUGAAACAUUUCAAACUCGGGUCUUUGCCUCCGUUGGCGCCGCCCUCUCGAGUCUCCUCUGACUCUGUAUGCAAUGACGGCACGUUUGAAGUUGGCUUUACGUCCUGACGGCACGUUUCUGUGGCAGAAUCAGUUUUAACCUCACCUGAGAGUUACUGGGUUUCAGUCAGGAUGCAUUCAGGGCCGCCUCCGACGUUUCAGUGUGGAAUCUAGAUUUUAUCAGAGUAACCAAAUAACAGCUUUUUCUCUCAGCUCCUGGACUCGGUAACGCCGGGUCACUGCUGUCAGAGGCAACUGAGCCUGACAAGAACACGAGCAGCUCACACUGUUUCAUGUCUUCUUCACAUUUUCACUGUUGUUUCUGAAAAGUUGAUAAAAUGAUGUGACCAGUCAAAACUCCGCCCCUGCACAGGCUGAGUAACGGUUGCUAAGGUGUGAUUGGACAGUUGCUACUUGGGGGUGGAGGUUCAGACUCGCAUGGUGAUGAAUCAGAGGCUGAUAAUUACACCCACAUGACAUCAUAAAAACGUUAACAUGUAAAUAUAAUGUAACCAUAACUGUUUUAUGACUAAUAUUUAUUAUUAAAUCCCAACAGCUCAUUAAAUAACUCAGCGACAGGAAUGUAAACAACUGAAGAGUUUCUGUUCACAGAGACGAGCGGGUGCGUCCAGCAGGGGGCGACAGGAGGAUCCGACUCACUUCAGGAAACCAAAAUAAGAGUGUUUGUUUCUCAGUGGACAGAGUUCCACAGUUCUGACCAGCAGUGGAGCUCAAAAUGUAAAGUUAGUUCUGAGGGGGCACCAGAGCCAACAUCAUUAAGCCCCGCCCCCAGGACCUGCAGAUAGGAGGUAUUAAUGUGACGGUUUGUAGUUAGGAGGUUUCAUCAUCAGGAGGAAGACGGACUGUAAACAUUGUGUUUCUGGUUUGUUCACCGUAAGAACAUCUGAUCAAUCCAUCAAUCACCAAUCAGAUCAGCUCUCCUCUGAUUGGCUCAUUAGAGCGACUCAUCUUUCGUCCUGCUGCCUAUUGACAUACAUUUACAUGUAAACACAUCUCAUUAACUGUUUCCAUGGAGACCGCCGAGUUUCCUAUCAAAGGAAAAAUUGAAAAUAAUAAACUAAUGAUUUCAUCUGUCAAUCAUCUGGCAGUCCACCUGUGUGUGCAAACAUUUAACCAACGUUCAAACAUCCAGAACGUUUUAAUUGAUUAUUGAGUAUUUGAUUCCAUGGUCACCGUCUGUCACCUCACAUUAAAGUUUUGUUUAAUGCAGAAUCCUUUAAAUGUGUUUUGGAGACAAAUCGGUACGAAUAAUCAUUUAUGUGAUGAUCAUGUUUCUGCAGCUCGCACUAACACAAAUUGUUUGUACAGAACUAUGCCUGUUUGAUUGUAUUUCAAUAUUAUUAAAAAUCUUUAACCACAUCAAA